GGAAAGAUUCGGGGAAUGUUACUAUGGCUUGUUUUGUAGUUGUGCCAGAAGAAAAAAUGAAAAAUAAAAAAAAAUGAGCGGGAGAAUGCGAUGGAAGGCAAUGAGCUGAGAUUGGCUGGUGAGGGGACGAAUAGAUGGCCUAACCAACGGCGGAGGGGUUUUGAGAAGGAGUGUGGCUAGAGGAGAGACGGGUUAGUUCAAGCAACUAAGGCAGAUAUUAGGUAUGCGUUCGAGAGAGGAAGAGAGAGGUGUGCGAUGGAUGAUGAGAAGGAUGAUGAUGAGUGUGCGAGGAGAAAAAAGAGGAGAGGAGGAAAGAGGGCGAGUGGGCCAAGCGCGCGAGGAAGGAUUGACGCGGCGUACGGUACCGUAGCAGCCGGAGGCCGUCGUACUUUGGCUGUAAAGCAGCACCGGAGCCCAGACCAAGCCGCCAGCACAAGCGCGGGCGUCCAUUGGCCAAUCGGCGUGGUUUGCGGGGCGAGAGCAGCAGGAGACAGAGCCGCUAGUCGAUAUUAA